AUUAGUAAUCAUCAGCACCUUAGAUGGGCGGAUCGCUGCCCUAGAUCCUGAAAACCAUGGUAAAAAGCAGUGGGAUUUGGAUGUGGGAUCCGGCUCCUUGGUUUCAUCCAGCCUCAGCAAGCCAGAGGUAUUUGGGAACAAGAUGAUCAUUCCUUCCCUGGAUGGAGACCUCUUCCAGUGGGACCGAGACCGUGAGAGCAUGGAAACAGUUCCUUUCACAGUUGAAUCACUUCUUGAAUCUUCUUAUAAAUUUGGAGAUGAUGUUGUUUUGGUUGGAGGAAAAUCCCUCACUACGUAUGGACUCAGUGCAUAUAGUGGAAAGGUGAGGUACAUCUGUUCCGCUUUGGGCUGUCGCCAGUGGGAUAGUGAUGAAGUGGAGCAAGAAGAAGACAUUCUGCUUCUGCAGCGUACCCAGAAAACUGUCAGAGCCGUUGGACCUCGUAGUGGCAGUGAGAAGUGGAAUUUCAGUGUUGGCCACUUUGAGCUUCGGUAUAUUCCAGACUUGGAAGCUAGAGCCGGAUUUAUCGAAAGCACCUUUAAACCUACUGAGAACAAAGAAGAGUCUAGAAUUAUCUCAGACGUGGAAGAACAGGAAGCUUCCAUGAUGGACACAGUGAUAAAGGUCUCAGUUGCUGACUGGAAGGUCAUAGCAUUUAGUAAGAAGGGAGGACAUCUGGAAUGGGAAUACCAGUUUUGUACUCCAAUUGCAUCUGCCUGGUUACUUAAGAAUGGGAAAGUCAUUCCCAUCAGUCUUUUUGAUGAUACAAGUUAUACAUCUAAUGAUGGAGUUUUAGAAGAUGAAGAAGACAUUGUAGAAGCUGCUCGAGGAGCCACAGAAAACAGUGUCUACUUGGGAAUGUACAGAGGCCAGCUGUAUCUGCAGUCAUCAGUCAGAAUUUCAGAGAAGUUUCCUACAAGUCCUAAGGCCUUGGAAUCUGUCAGUAAUGAAAAUGCUGUUAUUCCUUUGCCAACGAUCAAGUGGAAACCCUUAAUUCAUUCUCCUUCUAGAACUCCUGUCUUGGUGGGGUCUGAUGAAUUUGAUAAGUGUCUUAGUAAUGAUAAGUUUUCUCAUGAAGAGUAUAGUAAUGGUGCACUUUCCAUCUUGCAAUAUCCAUAUGACAAUGGCUAUUAUCUGCCGUACUACAAAAGGGAAAGAAACAAACGGAGCACACACAUCACAGUCAGAUUCCUCGACAGCCCGAAUCACAGCAAGAACGUCCGCAGAAAGGACCCUGUUCUCCUCUUACACUGGUGGAAAGAAAUAGUUGGAACGAUUUUGUUUUGCAUCGUGGCAACAACUUUUAUCGUGCGCAGACUUUUCCAGCCUCAUCCUCACAGGCAAAGGAUGGAGUCUGAAACUCAGUGUCAGACUGAAAAUAAGUAUGAUUCUCUUUCUGGCGAAGCCAGUGACAGUAGCUGGAAUGACAUAAAAAACUCUGGAUACAUAUCACGAUAUCUAACAGAUUUUGAACCAAUUCAGUGCCUGGGUCGUGGCGGCUUUGGGGUUGUCUUUGAAGCUAGAAACAAAGUAGAUGACUGCAAUUAUGCUAUCAAAAGGAUCCGUCUCCCCAAUAGGGCAUUGGCUCGGGAAAAAGUAAUGCGAGAAGUUAAAGCCCUGGCCAAGCUUGAACACCCAGGAAUUGUUAGAUAUUUCAAUGCCUGGCUGGAAGCACCACCAGAGAAAUGGCAAGAAGAAAUGGAUGAAAUUUGGCUAAAAGAUGAAAGCGCAGACUGGCCACUCAGCUCUCCUAGCCCAGUGGAUGCACCAUCAGUUAAAAUACGCAGAAUGGAUCCCUUCUCUACAAAAGAACAUAUUGAAAUCAUAGCUCCUUCUCCGCAAAGAAGCAGGUCUUUUUCAGUCGGGAUUUCCUGUGGCCAGACAGGUUGUUCUGAGAGCCACUUUUCUCCACUGGAAUUCUCAGGAACGGACCGUGGAGACAUCAGUGAGUCAGUGGGUACAGCAUGCAACCUCCAGGACAGUUGCCUUACAGACUGCGAUGUGGGUGAUGGCACUAUGGAUGGCAAUGAUGAAGGGCACUCCUUUGAACUUUGUCCUUCGGAAGCUUCUCCAUAUGUCAGGUCAAGGGAGAGAACCUCCUCUUCAAUAGUGUUCGAAGAUUCUGGCUGUGAUAAUGCAUCUAGUAAAGAAGAACCCAAAGCUAACGGACUGCACAUUGGCAACCAUUAUGCCAAUAAACUGGCUGCUUUCCACCCCACCAGUAGCAAAUCUUCUUCUGAAGCUACAUUAUCUAUUUCUCCUCCAAGACCGACGACUUUAAGUUUAGACCUCACUAAAAACACCACGGAAAAACUACAGCCUAGUUCACCAAAGGUGUAUCUUUACAUUCAGAUGCAGCUAUGCAGAAAGGAAAACCUCAAAGACUGGAUGAACAGACGAUGCACCCUAGAAGAGAGAGAGAGGAAUAUGUGUCUGCACAUCUUCUUACAGAUUGCGGAGGCAGUGGAAUUUCUGCACAAUAAGGGACUCAUGCACAGGGACCUCAAGCCUUCCAACAUAUUCUUUACAAUGGAUGAUGUAGUCAAGGUUGGAGACUUUGGAUUAGUGACUGCAAUGGACCAAGACGAGGAGGAGCAGAUGGUUCUGACCCCAAUGCCAGCUUAUGCCAGACACACGGGACAAGUGGGGACCAAACUCUAUAUGAGCCCAGAGCAGAUCCAUGGAACCAACUACUCUCAUAAAGUGGACAUCUUUUCUUUAGGCCUGAUUUUAUUUGAAUUGCUGUACCCUUUCAGCACUCAGAUGGAGAGAGUAAGGACCUUAAGUGAUGUAAGAAAUCUCCAAUUUCCACCACUGUUUACUCAGAAAUAUCCUCAUGAGCAUGUGAUGGUCCAAAACAUGCUCUCUCCGUCCCCCACGGAACGGCCCGAAGCUGCAGACGUCAUUGAAGACGCUGUGUUUGCAGACUUGGAGCUUCCCGGGCAAAUGCUGCUCAGACAGCGGUCUCGCUCCGUGAGCUCACCAGGAACAAAGCACGCAAGACAGUCCAGCAACUCCCACGGCCCUUGGCCAAGCAACUCGCCUUAAGCGGGCCAGCAGCCCUGAGAGGUGCUGCAGAAGAGCCCCUCUCUUAGGAGUGUGGCUUUCCACACGUGUGGACUUGAAAGCGUCGUUCCUUGUUCAGUUUAAUUUGGGACUCCUUUUUCUAAGUCAGAUUUCAGCUGGAUUUGGGGCACCGCCUAGUUCGAGCCAGCUGUUGACUUUUGCGAGACGUCAGGAGAGGGCUGAGGGAUGGUCUGUGGUCCUUGUUCUUCAUUCAUCUCCUGAAACCAGCUGGCCAAGCUUCACUGCGCUCACCUGUUGCCUAGGGAGGUAAAAGCCGUCCCUAAAGCCUAAAGAAAUAAUUAAAAUGGAAAUAUUUUUGUAGUACAGAAGGAUGAAAGUCCCCCCCAUGUGGUAACUGUAUUGUUCUAGAAAUAUAUCAAGGCCAUUGCCUUCCUAGACUCUGGUGUGGCCAUGUGCUCUUUGAGCUAUGGCCAUCGCCAUGUUUCCUGGCUCUGUCUCUCUCUCUCUCUCGUUUACGUUUUAAAUAAACUAUAUUUUCCCAUCUUAAAAAAAAUAUAUCAUAUCAAGAUAUAUGAUGAUUUUGAAACUGAUUUCUCAACAAGCUGACUCCAUUAUUUCCCUGGUGUGUGAAUUAGGAAUCUGUGCCAUUUUGGAGGACAAGUAGCACAAAGUGUAUAACGGUUUAUAUAGCGUUUUAUAGUCACAUUUAUAGCAUUAAAUAGCUUUAUUCCUUAGAUCUAGGGAGAGUUCAGAGCUUCUACCUCCAAUUAAGGGGAAAUGACACUUCUUUUGUAAAUUGGUCAGAAGUUCUGAGUUAGGGAGGAAAAAAGCCGUAAUACCAAAUGAAUCAGGGCAGGGAACCGUGGCUCCUGCCUCUCAUCCCAGCACUUUGGGAGACCAAGGCGGGAGGAUUGAUCCCUGAGGCCAGGAGUUUGAGACUAGCCUGGGUGACAGUGAGACCCUGUCUCUAUAAAAUAAAAAGUAAAAAUAAAGAAAUGUAUUGUGUGUUACAACUUCAGCUGUGGUCUUCUCAAACUUAAUGAAAUCUUAAAUGUCUUACAUGUAAUCUUGUAGGUCGAUGUCUCCCCCAAACUGAUUGUAGGUAACAGUUUAAUCAUCUAACUUGCUAAUAUGUUUUUGUUUUUCGCUGUAAAUGUUUAUUUUUUAUUUAUAAAAAUUCUGAAAGCAAUCCAUUUGGGUUGGUGGUAUACAGAACACACUUAAGUGUGUUAACUAUUGUGACUUCUUUCAAGUCUAAAUGAUUUAAUAAAACUUUUAAAAAUUA